CGCACGCCAAUAAGAUCCUUUCUCGUCAGUGUAAACGGAAGUGAACAGUGACCAAGAAAAAUUUCCACUUUAGCGUUUUAAUUUGUUAUUUAGACGUUUAUUAACACCAUGGAACUCAGCAUAUUACUACUUUAACUGCACGGCUUCACAUACUUACUUCAGGUAGUGUUUAAUUCCCGUUGGAGACAGGGCUUGGUUAAUAGAUGUUAUCUAGGUAACGCUAGCUAACAAUGGCUAACUGUAUGGUUUUUCACACUCAAAUAGCCUCCAUCAUGGAGGUGUUAGCAAAUGCAGCCGUGGCAGAGAUCUGUAAACUCGUAGACGACGACUAUGCAGUCAUCCGUUUGGAAAUGUCUCAAAGCCAGAAAGAAAACAGAGGAUUGCGGAGGAAACUACAGCUACUGGAACUGAAGGUGGCGCGGGAGCGCGCAGAGCGCGUCCUCGCCAGUCGUCCCAGUAGUGUCAAGAUCCUCGACCGAUACAGAGGAAUGGCAAGAGGUGAAGGACAUCUCACUGGAGGCCACAGGAGCUUUGUGAAGCCAGUGGGACACAAUACAUGGAGAGAUGACCAACCAAUCACUGUUGAUGAGGGGAGUGGAACCUCAACCCAGCACGUUAUCGUUAUAGAGUAUGCAGAUGCAGAGGCUGCAGGUCCUGGGGUUAAGCAGGAGAGGUCUGAAGGAGAGGAAAACAAACAACACAACAGAGACAUCCAGACUGGAGCAGCGGCUGGAGUGGUUCCCCCUGUGGCUACAGACGACUCUUCCACCACCCCAUCGCAGCCCAGGACGCUACGCAGCAUCACGGAGGUCAGUGGAACGCUGAACGCCGUCCUCAAGUCAGAGACCGACACAGAGACUUUAAUUGUAACACAAAGGCUUUUGCACACAGGAUCUGACCACAGAUCAGACCCAGAGAGACUGGGGCCACUGGGCUGUUCUCCUGCUCCCAGUUCAGAGUAUUUACUUUACGGUAACCCAAGCCCGAGGACGGUUCAUUCUCAUCAGGACUCAGGUGACGUGUUAGAGACUGGCAAUGAUCCGUCUUGUUCUUACACUACAAAGCUGGACACUGGCAACAUUCCCUUGGGUUUAGAGACACAGACUGUUCUCUCUAGAGGUGAUUGGAACCAGUACAGUAGUAGUGUGUACUCUGAAGGGUGCGUAGAGGGUCUGGUCGUAGAUAAAGUGACUGUGAAAGUGGAGGGCGAUGUUCCUCCCACAUGGAAUGCAGAUAAUCACCUAGGAGACGGACACUCACAGGGCAGAGAUUUCUUAGAAAACAGGGAAAGCUUGGAGACAAAUCCAAAUGUUGUUAUCCACUCCCCUUUACACGCAUUCAGCGGUCGCGACCCAGUGUCCACGUCGAUGCGGCCUUCCGAUUCGUACAGCCGUGUCCUUUUCGAUCAGGUAUUGAACUCAAACGACAGGGCUAGAGCCCAGGCUCAGGGAGGGGGAGCCACGUCAGGCAAUAGUAAAGAGAAACGGUUCCUGUACAAGUUCUGUAACAAAGGCUUCAGCUGCAUCCAGAAGGUGGACAUCCACCAGAGGGUCCACACAGAGGAGAAACCAUUCAUCUGUACCCAGUGUCACAUGCGCUUCGCCCAAGCUGGCACCCUGAAGAGGCACCAGAGGGUCCACACAGGAGAGAAACCCUUCAAAUGUACCCAGUGUCACAUGCGCUUUGCCCAGGCCGGUGACCUGAAGAGGCACCAGAGGGUCCACACGGGGGAGAAACCCUUCAGGUGCCCCCAGUGUGAGAAGAGGUUCUCCCGCCAGGACCAGCUGAAGAUGCACCUGAAGAUCCACUUGGAAGAAAGACCGUUUGCCUGUACUCACUGCAGGAAGAGGUUCUCAGAGAGGAGCUACCUCAGGAUACACCAGCAGAAAAUGCACACGGCCAAUGUAUAGAGUAUAGUGACGUGAUGUAGUACUAGUUAGUUCAUUCUGUCAUUUUGGAUGUAGUAGGGAACUGGAUGAGAAGAACUGAGGAAAGAAUGAGUAUGAUGAGGCAGAGUAGAUAUGGUGAUGGUUGGUGUGAUUGUGUCUGUAAAAUGCUUCACUGAUAAAGUGACAACUAUGUCCUUUUAGUUUGAUACUGGUGUUUUAUAGUGAAAUAAUGAUAGUGCCUUAAUUAAUGUUUUCUUGACAUGAAGUAGUAAAUAUCACAUACAUUUUUAUUUGUCACAUCCCCCGUGUCACCUUACCGUGAAAUGCUUACAUAACCAACAAUGCAGUUCAAGAAAUAGAGUUAAGAAAAUAUUUGCUCAAAAAAUAAAAUAAAAACUAACACAAUUACAUAACAAUAACAAAGCUAUAUACAGGGGGUACCGGUACCGAGUCAAUGUGCGGGAGAACAGGUUGUUUGAGGUCAGUUGUACAUGUAGGUUGGGUGUGUAAUGUAAGGUUUAACCUUUUCCAAAUUAUUCGAAAAUUAAUUUCAUGAAAGUGAGCGUACCGGAUUUACAGAAAAGGUAAAGUGUUACCAUAGUGAGAAAAGUUAUUCUACUUGUCACAU